CUUUACGAACCUUGGGUGAAGAAGGUUAUUGUGGGAAAGUCCGACAAGCUUUUUCUUCUGCAUUUAUUACAUUGUUUAUUUCGUUUUAUUCGAAAUAUUCUUUUUUUACUUUAAUAUUUAAAUACUAUAAUUUUUUCACUGAUCAAGGAGAUGAAUGACCAAGUUGCAGAUUACUACCGACAUAAAACUAUUCUCAUUACAGGCGCUACAGGGUUUGUGGGAAAGGCCAUCCUAUGGAAUCUAUUAAAAGUAGCAGGAAAGGAUAUUGAGAAGGUGUAUGUACUCAUUAGACCAAAAAGAAUCUCGGCCGGUACUCCAUCUCAACGCAUUCUUGACGAAAUUAUCAAUACUCCAGCUUUUAACAAGUUGGUGGUAAAUUAUUUCGAUAAUGAUCGAGAAGCUCUUAGAAGAAAACUAGUGCCAAUUUCUUAUGAUUUAUCUCUUUCUCACAUGGGAUUAUCUAUGGAGGAUAGUGUUCAGAUGAAAGACACAAACAUUGUUAUUCAUUGUGCCUCGACUUCAGAAUACGAAAAUUCAUUAGAGUGGAACUUGGAGACAAACGUAUUGGGAACGAUUCGAUUGAUGGAUUAUCUGGACGGUUGCUUAGAUAUAUGUUCGUUUGUUCAUUUAUCACCUACGCAUAUUUAUCAAGAUUUACCUGAUGGAUGCAUAGAAGGAAAGAUCAUGGAACACGUCUAUGACUGUGGUUUUGGAGACCCAGAGGAUUUUCUCAAGGAACUUCUGGCCGCAGAUGAAAAAGAAUCUGCAAUUCUUGUAAAACGUAUUUUACAGAAAUAUUCUACACUCCAUUUAUUUACAAAGGCGCUUAUCGAACACUUAAUCUUGAGAAGAAUAGAACAAGUUAGGAGAGAUGAAAGGGACGGUGGUAAAGAACCAUACCCAUUUGCCAUAUUCAGAUCAAAUUAUAUUGGUCCCAGUGCCGUAGAACCGAUGCCAGGAUGGACGUGCGGUAUGUCCAGUGUUUCGACUUGGUUAGCGCUAUACGGAUAUUCAGUUCCCAUCAUUCAACCUGAUCAGGGCAAAAGGCCAGCUAAUGUGAUUCCUGUUGAUUAUGUUUCUCAUAGUAUUGUACAAUCGAUUCCUUUCAUCACAUAUCCCGGCAACGAUUUUGUUCUACCACUUGCAGACCUAGUCAAUAGCAUUUCGACCCCGAAAAUGCCGCCCACAUCCAAUAGAAACUCACUCUCUUCAACUGAAGAUAGUAUCAACUCCAAUACAAAAUACUUUCCUUACAUUUUUAAUAUAUCCUCUCCCAAUACUCCAAUCACCUGGUAUCAGGCAUACACAGCUAUACAAGAUUACUGGACUCGACCUAACAAUGCUAUCCUAUCAAAUCAAAGAUUACCCGAUGCAGAUAGUUAUUUCUCUGCCAACAAGACUCUGUCUAAGGCAAGAUUUCUGAUGCGAUAUUACUUCAGAUCCACACCAAAUACCACCCCACAAAAUGUACAACAAAUCCCUUUUAAUAAACGUGAAAGCAACAGUCAUCUCAACAAUGCACCUCACAACGGAAAGAACGAAAUCUUACAAGAUCAACAAAAAUGGAUGGAGCUGGCCUCCAACAUCCGUAAUAAUCUAGCAAAACAAAAUAGACAUCCAUGGUCCUACAGCUCUACCAAAUUCAACGAACUAGGACUCACUGACAAUGGAUUGAAAGAUUUAGACUGGUAUAAUUAUUUUAUGCAGAGUUGUUAUGGAGUUCAAGUUUAUAUCAUGCACAGUGGACCCCAUAUGAGAACAAGUGUAUUACCAAAGAACAAAGACUGUGCUUUAUAUUCUGCCAUCAAAUCAGGUAAUACAUCCAUCAUUGAUGCACCUUUCCGUAGUGUCAUCUAUACAGAAGAAGAAAUGAAGCAGAGAAUACAGCACAUGAUUGAUAUCACGGUUUCAUCACUCCGAAACCCAACAUUAUCAAUCCAGAAUGAAAAAAACUGGAAGCCAGAAUGGAUUGAAUAUUUAAACGAUACGCUAGAGGACUGGUGUGAUGAAAGUUCUGUGGAGACCUUGGAGAUUAAAUCGAAAAAGAAGGAAAUCGAACAAAAAUGGAAACUAAGAGUGGAUGAAAACAGCGAGAUGACAAAAUUGGCUGUAUUAAACGAUCCUGGUGUCGGUGAUGCUAUCAGUGAGCUUUCUAAAAGGUCCGGUAUGCGUGCUGAAACAGUCAUGGAUGAAGCCAUUAAAACAUUGGCCAGAAUACAAGAAAGAACACAGCUAUCGUAUGCUUGGUUUGCUGCUUCAUUUUUACAUAAACUUUUAAAAAGUAUGUUUAGUGGCAUUUACAUUGACAAAAACGAGCUCGAAAUGAUUCGAAAUGCGGUACAAGGAGGUAAAAGAGUUGUUUAUGUGCCUGUCUCCAAGACCGCGUUAGAUCCAGUCCUUGUUUGGUUCCUGACAAUUCGAUAUGACUUGCCUAUUCCGGCAUUAAUCUUGGAUGAGGCUUUAGCCAUUUUAGGCCCCUUUUCUGAUCUGUUACGACUUGCUGGUGCAGUGUUUAUCAAGCGCGAUUCUAAUUCUCGAUCCAAGUUGGCUACGGCCGUCACAUCCGCCUAUUUACAAUUUUUGAUGCGCGAAAGAGGAGCUUUGACCGUCAUUUUAGAUCAAGUGCGUUCAAGAACUGGUAUCUUUCAGGAUCCAUUUAAUGAUGGUCUAAUCAGCAUGAUUAUUAAGGAUGAAGAGCAGGAUAUUAUCUUUGUGCCCAUCAAUAUCACUUAUGAGGAAGUGCCAGAUAUUUCAUUACUCAUUGCACAAGAUUUGAAAUCUAGAAAGAAGCACAGUACGCCUACAAACGGCAUCCAAAGAUCCAAGACGACUUCGAAUCGAAUGUCCACACCUACAAAAGUAUCGAGACCAAGCGAUAGUAGAUCUCAAAGGGUACGUAGCCGUAGCUUAGGAAACGGUCUGCAAGAAGAAAAAGGAAAUGGCGGGCCGAUAAAAGUCACUCAUUGUGGCAGGUUACUUGUCGGUGUUGGGAACCCUAUCUCUCUAAAACACGACAUCAAGAAAGUAGAUGACACGCCCUUGUUUCAAACAGUAACGAAUAUGAUUCAGAAAGAGCAAAAGCGAUCUAUCUCUGUUAGUCCAAUUUCAUUAAUUGCGGCUAUAUUACUUUACAGUAGAGUUAAAGGCAACUGCAUUGACAUGGAUACUUUGAAGGAGCAUCUGGGGUAUUUAUCAUCAAUGACCAAAGAACAAGGCAUGUCCAUGGAUUGGCAAGAUUUCGAAGACAGCGAGACGAUCAUUUUUUAUAAUAUCCGACUAUUAGAAAAGAACUCGAAUAUUGUUACGAUCGACGAACGAUAUCACAAUGGGACAUUAUUUCGUAUUUGCACUCGCUCUGAAAGCAUACUUCAGCUAGCCUAUUAUGCAAAUCAGCUUCGUGAGAUCUUUGUACUGGAUUCCAUUUUCGCCGCCACUUACCUUUCAUUUGGCACAAGAGUUAAGGUUAUUGAGAGCGUAUUUAUUGAACGAUUUCAUUUCUUGGCGACCUUAUUUCAGCACCACUUUAAUACAUUGUGGAACAUUGAACAGGAGUAUGCCAAGCUAAAAGAAAAGUAUCGGGCAUUCUUAUGUCCUACUACAGACAAUAAUCCAGGCAUGAUGCAACGUCUGGUUCUAGAUGGCGAACAAAAGACUCUUUUUGCCCAAUUGAAUUUAUUGGCCUCAUUUGUUUAUCCGAUUAUAGACUCGUUUUGGGUUACACUGUGCGCCCUGUCCGCCCUAAAUGAUGUCAAGGCAUUACCGCUUUCGCUCGUACCGACUUUGUCCCAAUGGAUCGGCAUGCAUUUGAUAAGCGGAAGAAGAACCAUCUACAGUGAGGUGCUAUCCACAGAGUAUAGUCAGUGUACAUUACAGUCUCUGGUGCAAUUAGGUUUACUCGACAGAAAAUCAGCGAAACUGGUUUUAUCACCUGACGCACAAAUGCUAAUGCAAGCGUUAGGAUUAUCUACAAAUGACGAUUUAAUCUUGCAGGUUCAAGAAAAGUCCGAGAAUGAAGAAUCAUUGGAUUCAAUAGCACAGUUAUGUCAAAAGAUUGAGCAAGUUCGAAUUAAACAAGAAGAUACUGCAAUUUCUGUGCACAUUUACGAGAAAUGUCAAAACCAAAUUCGUAGCUUAGCAAAGACAACGGACGGGAAUAAUUCCUUCUCGAAAAGACAAGGAGCCAUUGUAGCUGAAAAGAAGGAGGAAGCCAUGAUUCAACUUGGCUAUGCCUUAAUACAAAGUAUGGAUACCAUUUUUUAAAAAGAGGGGAAAGUGUCAUAUUUAUCUCACUUUUAGAUUAGCGCCAAGACACGAGACACUUUUGGGCAAUCGCUGAAAUAUUUUGAAACUCCCAGUGAUUUUUUAUUAAUUCAAUAAAAAUCGAUUCUUUUUUUUUUCA